AUGAAGUUUGAAUAUGCCCCAGAGCAAAUUCCCGAUAAGGUGGUUGAAGUGCUAAAGCGCUUCUCUCUCCAUUCAAGUAAUGGAUAUGACGCCGGAAAGGUGUUUGAGACCGUGGUGGACAAGCUGAAGACUGAUAUCGCAGCCAACCAACCAAUAACAAUGGUCCUUCCGGCAUUCCCAUGGAAGAACCCAAAUCAGGACAAAGUCCUUGGCGAAGGUAUUGACCUGGGAGAAGAACUAGGGCUUGCUAAACUGAAUCAAUUAUGUGAGGACAUCUCAAAGGUGUAUCCUUAUGGGGCACGGCUGAUUCUCAUCUGCGAUGGACCCGUGUAUAAUGACUUGGUCGGCGUAUCCGACGAAGAAUACUACGAAUAUGGAAUGCAGUUGCGCCACAUGGCCCGGGAGAAACAGUUCUCUUCUAUUCAAUUUACGCGACUGAUGGAUCUGAUGGGGCUUGGCGAGGGAGAGAAGAUAUCCAAGGCAGAAUAUCUGCGUCUGGUGUCUAUUUGCAGAGAGAAAUUGAUGUCUCCCGCAUACUUCGAUCCCAAAUUUGACAUCGAACAUGAAUUGAACACCAACCCUGAUACCAAGUCGACAUAUGACAGCUACUUCGCUCGCAUCUCAGAGGACCUCAAAUGGUCCAAAUGGCUCGAUCCUGUUAUCGCACAAGACCAGGUGCUUUAUGCGGCUGAGGUCUCCAAGAUGGCCAAGACUAUGAUCACCCGGCUCAUAGCAUAUGAAUCCGUCAUCAAUGCGGCACUGGGAAAACACAUUCGUCUUUCUAUCCACCCAUCUAUAGGAAGGAACAAGAUCUCCAUCCCUCUCCUGCGACAAGGUGACCAAUUUGGUGACAUGCCCUGGCACGCAAGUGUUGUGGUACUGUCCAAUGGAACUGUCAAAACGGGGUGCUCUCGAGAAUUUCGCAAAUUGUAUGAUAUCGUCAUGAAGAAUGGUCGGCCAUACUACUUCAGGGAACCGAGUCCGAUGUAUGAGUGGGCCGCGGAGGUUGAGUUCGAGCACGACUACAACGGCUUGAUCGUGAGGAGCUUGGGAACUACGAUGCUGGGUAGGGAUGAUCGAUUGAAGCUUGCUCGUCUGAUCAUGCAGCACCACAAUAAAUCUGUGCGGGUGGAAGGAUUUGAGGUGCCCAAUGAUGCUUGA